AUGCGUGCGCGGCUCAUUUCCAAAGAUAUCAAACAGAUAGAUCUGGAUAUUAACCGAACAUAUCGUGAUCACUUGGCAUUUCGUCGAAGAUAUGACGUGAAGCAACAAUCUUUAUUCAAUGUAUUAGCCGCAUAUGCAAUGUACAAUACAGAAGUGGGUUAUUGUCAAGGGAUGAGCCAAAUAGCAGCGCUUUUCCUGAUGUAUAUGGAUGAAGAGGAUGCAUUUUGGUGUUUACAUGCAUUACUUGUUGAUAAAAAACAUUCCAUGCACGGAUUUUUUGUUCCUGGUUUUCCGAAAUUGGUUCGCUUCCAAGCACACUAUGAAAAAAUAUUGCAAAAAUAUCUUCCACGUUUAAAAAAGCAUUUAGAUAAAGCUGGUAUUCCGCCAAUUUAUGUAACAAAGUGGUGGUUUGGGUGUUUCCUGGAUCGAGUCCCAUUUCCGUUAGCAUUACGACUGUGGGAUGUUUUUCUCCUGGAAGGAGAUGUUAUACUGAUUGCAAUGGCAUAUAACAUUAUGAGAAUGCAUGAAAAAACCAUGCGAAAAUUACAAAUGGAGAAUUUUAUGGAAUAUAUACAAACUGUUAUUGCUCAGGAUUUUGGUUUCUCUGAUGAAGAAACAAUGAAAUCAUUACAAGAUUGUCUCAGGAAGUUAUAUAACGAUCGGAUGUUGCUACCACCAUCACCAAAAACCGGUGAUGCAUCUGAAAUACCACUGAAACCAUUUGGACCUGUCCUUAGUCGUUCGAUGAUUGAUAUUCGUUUGGAUAUUGCUGAAAUACAGAGUCGUUGCUCACGUGCCAACUCCGUUGCUGGACGAUCACCAAUUGGAAUACGUCGACAACGGUUGCCGCCAUCCCCAACACCUCUCGCAAAAUACAAGUUGUCACAAUUACCACCUCGAUGUAUGGAACCUGCCCUGCCGGAAAAUUCCCAGUCAAGCAUCUCUUCAACGAGUACUGUGAAAGAUACAAGUUUAAGAGAACACCAACAAACAGCAAAAGUUCUCAUCGAUACAACAAACAAUGCAAAUCUACCGAUACAUCGACCGGAAAGUCGAGAAAGUUGCUCGCAAUUACUCCAACAACAACACACUCCAAUGCAUGCGAAACGGAUUGAAGUGAAAACUACGGGGCCACUAAUUGUUGAGAGAGUGCAGCACGAUAUAAGGAUGAUUGAAAGAAACCCAUCACCGUCCAGGAAACCUAUGCAUGUUGGAAAAGUACAACACGAUAUAAGGAUGAAUGAAAGAAACCCAUCACCGUCCAUGAAACCUAUUCAUGUUGAGAAAGUACAGUAUAAUAUACGGAUGAGUGAAAGAAAUCCAUCACCAUCCAUGAAGCCUAUCCAUGUUGAAAAAGUACAACACGAUAUACGGAUGAGUGAAAAAAACCCAUCAUCGUCCAUGCAACCCAUUCAUGCAUCAUCUUUAUCUCAUAUAAAUAACAAAGGGGAAUUCGAAUCCAGAAGACACCAAUUGCAGCCACAGCAACAACAAAAGCAAUUGAGGCAACAGAGGCAACAACCAAAUUUCCAAUCGAGUAGUGCAACAGCAGCAGUAGCGACAACGCAGUAUUUUGGAGCAACAGGAAAACAAGAACUAUACCAACAACCACUGCCUGAGGAGCCACCCGUUGAUUAUGAUGAUUCAUCCUCUUAUGUUCAGCUGGGACGUUCAUCCGGUUUUAUGCAUUCAUUCUCUUCAGCGGUUGAGUCGCCUACCCGAUUUACAUCUUCAUUCUUCUGUAAUCCUGAUGAUUUCAUUUCCUUAAGACGAAAUGAAGUUGUUCCUGAUGAUUAUUCAUCUGAACUUUUCGAAUCAGACCAUAUUAGACCUAAAUUUAGAAGCCGAUCCGAUAAUGAUGAAAUCUCCCAGCAAGUAUUUCGGCGUACACAUCGUGGUAGCCUUUACGAUAAUGUAUCGUCAUCCACACCAAAUAGUUCAAGUUCAAGUGAUUUAUCACAGCUGAAAUUGACGGAUGAUCAAAGGCCCAUCAAUGGUGACGUGGUUUUUGGGAUUCAUGUAGGAAAUAGCUCAUUGGAUAGACAAUGUAAACACAAUUCUAACAGUUCAGCAUUACAGGAAAAUAAACCUGAACAACGGGUUACUGAGAUCGAAACACGAGUGAUUCAGUUGCCGAACAAUGUAACCUGUGUAAGAGUUGGCGACACCAAAGAUAGUAUGUCAUCAUCAUUUCAACAACGGCAAUAUCAUAAUGUUCCAGUGAGGAGAGAAGGGUAUGAUUCACGGACAGCUGUCGACCGUGGUGAUUAUGACAUUCGUGAUAGUAGCACCAUGGAUCUACAAUUUCAUCACCAUCGUCACUAUCCAUCUAACGCAGUGUGCGUAUAUCCACGACACGAUCAACCUAAUUUGCCAGCGAAAGCCAGUCAGUCGGAAGCUGUUUAUCAUGAACGUAAUACUUAUAUCACUAAUAACAGACAUUUAUUGGAACGACAUCCUCUGCAUAUUCAAUCUGAUCAGUAUCAGUACUAUACAGAUAAAGGUUAA